AUAGCUCAAAUGCUAACGUGUUAAUCGUUGUUAUGCUAACAAAACAAAAGAGCAUCAUGGUUGGCAUAUUUUCGAUGAUGCCCAAUAAUGUCCAAUGUGAAUUGAAUCCAAAUUAUUGGGAACUGUAUUAAUAUGAUGACAUCCACUAAAUAAAUAAAGAACUAAAUAAUUCCACCUUGUGUCUCGAAGCGACAUCUAUCUUUUGAUGGGGCAUUUGGGGGGAUUUAACAGUGUGGAAUUCUAUCAAAAACAGCUGCAAUUCCUUUUAAAUGAAAGCUGAAAGACUGUAUGUCCACACAUCAUUUCUUUUAUGUUAAAUCCAGUGUGGUGGCUUAUAAAACAAAAACUGAUGAAACUCAGUAGGCCACAGACAAGGAAUUUGUUCCUCACACCUGCUGCUGUCUAAAGAAGCCAGAGUUGAGUUCUGACCCUUGACCUACUUGGAGAGGACACCACGCCACCUUGUCACCGUGUUUCCGAUGCGUCCAUAAUGAGGAAGAGGGUCAUGUUCCGUGAGAGGUGACUGCAGGCCACUGAAGCACACCUGCAGCCUUUAUUAAGUCAUCACAACACCGGAGGUCCACUCUCAGACCUUCGCACUGGCUUCAUGCCCUCCAAACGGUGUUGCACUUCACUUAAGGCUGCUCGAGGUGAUCGGAGGAUGGUACUUCUCAUGUGGUGCAUGCUUGUCCCCAUCUUCUUUUCGACCAGUACGGAGGUUGUGCUGGAUAAAAGUAGUCACCUGACCAGAUUGCAUUCAUAUCAGAUGGAAAAGGGACAACACAUAUUCAAGAACUACAAGAGGCAUUCUGAAGGGACCUUUGCCAAUGACCUGACUGGCCACCUGGAUAAAAUGAAGGCCAAGGACUUUGUGGCGUGGCUGACCACUACUAAGAGAGAAAGAUGUCACAGAAACUUGCUUCAGAUCGCAACAGAAGUAUAAGAGCAUGUCCAAGAAGCAUGCAAGAAUAUCCGCAUUGAAAGUCA